UUGGAGAAGCAUAUUGAAGAGGCGGCCAUAAAAUCAGCGCUUGUUUUUGCCGGUGGGGCUGCCCCGUCUCAGCGGCUGAUCGCUUGGAAGGCCCCUCCGCCGGGCUGGUCAUGCUUUAACACGGAUGGGUCGGUGGUGGGUGGCAAUGCAGCAGCGGGCGGGGUUAUUCGGAGGGAAGAUGGUCGUAUGUUGAGAGCGUUCUCCGGCAACUUGGGGGAAGGAUCAAUUACUAGAGCGGAAUUGGCGGGAAUUGCUUUCGGACUGAAAGCAGCGUGGGAGAUUGGACUUCGACAGGUGCAGGUACAGACUGAUUCCCAUAUAGCUAUUCAACUCAUUGGGGGAGCAGGGGAACGACACCCCCACUUGGCAUUGGUCUCCGAAGUGCGAAGACUCUUAGCUCUUGAUUGGCAGGUGGAAGUAGUUCAUGUGUUCUGGGAGGGUAACGUUGUAGCUGACUAUUUAGCGUCUCUUGGACAUGGACGUCCUCCGGGGGUUCAUUUCGUUGAUACCCAUUGUCCGAUUCUAAACUACAGGCUACUUUUUGAUUGUAUGGGAGUUUCCACUCCUCGUCUUGUUCGUAAUGAAUAA